GUAAAUCAAAAUAAAACAGACGGGGCGCUGAUUCUCAUCUUCACAGGAAGCCAAAACUUCACUUCUGUUGAGUUUUUUAAACUCUUCCAGCGGGAUGUCUUUUCCCUCAGCUUUCAGUACGCAGGUGGCCGCCAUCAUGGAUGUUCUGGCCAAAGCUGCGGUGGCAGAAAUAACGAUGCUGGUGGAGGAGGGGAGCGUGGCUCUGCGGCUGGAGGUGAGCAGGAGGGACAGUGAGAUCCAGGAGCUCCGGAGUAAGCUGAAGAGGACGGAGGCUGAGCUCCGGAAAGCUCAGGAAGCGGCUGCCAGGCGAGCUACAGCCGAGAAACAGGUGCAGACCGCAGCAGCGGCGGGUCAGGAACCGCGGAGAGAUAAGGAGAAGCAUCCUGAAAUUGACGGGGAUUAUCCUGAACUAAAAACUGCUGAUUCAUUCUGCGAGACUCAGAUCAGUCCUGAUGUGAAGCAAGAGCCAGAAGGUGAACUUCGGUUUGAUGAAACAACCGAGCAUGCAGCAACGGACGCACCGGAUCGAGGCGACCCCAUCUGGCCGGCUUGUGGAGUGUUUGAGAAAAGCUCUGUUGCAGUUCAGGAGCAAUCACAGAUGUUUCCAUCUAAUGACCUGCGAAGUACAUAUUUACCUUCAGGAAAGGAAGGAGAAGAUGUUUGCUUUAAUGUACCGGUGAAAGAAGAGCUCUCUGUGCUUGUUGAGUCUGUCUAUAAAGACGAUUUGCUUCCUGGUGUCGUUCGGGAUGAUUGUAUGGAGUCUGGAGGCCCGUCAGCAGCUUCACUUUAUACACAGGCAGAAUCCUCUGGAUCAAAUGAAGAGAUUAUCAACAGGAAAAUGAACUGCAGACCAAAAAGGCUUAUGACCAUGUGGCGAGGGAAUCAGAGCGUCUACAUCUGCUCGGUGUGCAACAAGAGUUUCCUCCGCUUGUCUCAGCUGGAGGAGCACAAGAGCACCCACCAGGCCUCCAAACCUUUCAGGUGCCUCGAGUGUGGGAAGUCGUUCACACAGAAGACCCGGCUGAAGACGCACCAGCGGGUCCACACGGGGGAGAGGCCGUUCAGCUGCAGCAUCUGCGGGAAGAAGUUCUCCAGGCAGGACAACUGCCUGAGACACGAGCGCUUCCACAGCGGGCUGAAACCGUUCAGCUGCAGGCAGUGCGGGAAGAGCUUCACCGUGCUGGGAAACCUCAAAAUCCACCAGGUGAUCCACCUGCGUGGACGGUACCCAACGGUUCCUCCGCCCUCCUGGUUUUUUAAAGUUUACACAAAUUUUUCAGGGACUGGCUGGAUCAUCAUGUUGAACGGCGUGGCUCUGCGCUCCCAGAUCGCCUCCGUGGUUGAUGCCCUGGCCAAAGCAGCUGUGGCGGAGAUCUUCAAAGUUGUGGAGGACGGCAUGGUGGUGCUGCGGCUGGAGAUGUGCCAGCGGGAGGAUGAGAUCGAGAGGCUGAAGAGCAGCAUGGAGGUCCUGCAUGGAGAGCUGCGGGCGGCGCGGCAGGCGGAGACCCACCGGCUGGAGCACCGCGGAGGAAACGAAAGUCAGAGGGGUGUUGGAGAUGAGAAGAUCUUGGUUGAGAAGGUUCCCUCUGUGGAAAACCAUAGCAUGCCAUCUGUACCUGAAGCACAAAAUAAAGGUGAACUUGUGAAGGAGGGAAACGAGGACAGCAGAGGACAGCUGGACAGGCCAGUUGAAGGGUCUCUGUAUGGAGGUGGGCAGUGGAGGCCAGGGGUGCCGAAGGAGGCUGGAGGCAGCAGCUCUGAAUACUUAACUCUAGGUCAAAACUCCUUGUCGUGUCUCUCCGAGCCUUCGUUGGAUGGCGGGCUUGUUCUGUCCUGCAGCAGCUCCGGCGGGUUUCCACAGAGCCCCUUCAGCCGCGGCCUGCUGGGUUACAACCAGUACAGGAACACUGUGCGCAGGCGGACGGUGAAGAGGCUGAUGUUCAAGAAAGGUUUCAUCUGUCCGUACUGCGGCAAGUGCUUCGAGCGAGCCGGACACCUGGAGAGACACAAGAGGAUUCACACGGGUGAGAAACCAUAUCGCUGCGAGAUCUGCGGACGGCGGUUCAACCAGAAGUGCAGCCUUAAGGAGCACAUGAAGAUUCACAGAAGAGGUCUUCAGACGAGACCAGGAGAGGUCCAGAUGAGCCAACAAAUCCCAAUCCCACAGGUGAAUCCAUGUAUGGAACAGCAUCGGCCUGAAGAGGUUAGCCAGGUGAAGGCCGAUGAUAGCCAAACAAAGUCUGAAGAAGUUCUGCCAUCAUCCGUGCAGGUAAAAUCUGAGCCCGUCGAGGAAAAUAUUACUCAACCGCAGCUUCAUGUGGAAAACAAUCAGGCAACAAACAGAGCUGACAACAUGGGUGAAAACAUAACAUCAGUGGAUCAAGGCAGCCAACUGUGGGCAUCCAGGUUACAGAACAAUCCGACAGAGUUUCUAAACAGCUCGUCGCAGAACAUGUCUUCCUUCCCUGCCAUUACUCAGUUACUCCAGCCACCAGAGGAAACUUCCUAUAGCAACUUUUCCGUCCAAGGAAAAAUGUACGGGCAGCUAAAAACCUCCACCGUCCCUCAGACUCCUUAUGGGUGUUCAGGGUCGGUCAUCAUCUCCAGUAACCCCGACUUGCGAGACGCGACAGAGGCCUCGAACCACCUCAGCGAGAGGAAAAACCGUCCGUUUCGAGUUCUGAAACCAAAGAAAUGCUUUGUCUGCACCUACUGCGGGAAGGUGUUUGAGCGAGCCGGACACCUGGAGAGACACCUGCGGAUUCAUACUGGGGAGAAACCGUACGGCUGCCAUAUCUGCGGGAGGUGCUUCAACCAGAAGAGCAGCCUCAAAGGUCACAUGAAGACUCAUAGAAACGGGACGACGACAGACAUGCUGGAGGCCCAUCACCUGAUGUUCUCGGUGUCCGACAAUCAGCUGAUGGAGAGUUACAUGGAAACCAGUAACGGGCCAACAGCUGCGGACGAGCCGUUUCCCGCCCCGGCGUACGCUCAUUCCAUUAAGGAGGAGCCGCUGGCGGUGAAGCUGGAGCCCAGCGACGAAAACUUCCUCUCCGUGUCUCAGGUGGGGACGGACAACAGAGCCGCAGCAGCAGACAAAAGUUUACUGUGGACGUCUGCAGUGGAGGAAAGCAUCGACAGCCCAGAUCAACCAGUCUGUGUACUUUUACAAGAUGUGAAGUACCACCUCAGUUCUCCUGCAGGGGGAGCCAGUGAGCAGCAGGGCUGCACCUCAAAGGAUUUGGCUUUUAUAGACAACAAAGCAAAGGAGGAUCAAUUUUCGGCUGUGGGAUUGCAGCAAAGGACUUCAAAUGUAAGUCACGAUCUGGCUGGAAGGGAUUUCUGCUUGGAGAGCGGCGACGGCGUGAACCAAGAUGGCGUCUACGAGUUUACCCUGAAAGCAUCGGACAGCUUCGAGGAGAGCUGCAGCACAGACCCCGCCAGACAGAACUACAUCUGCUCCAGCUGUGGGCAAAGCUUUGACAGUUUCCAUAUUUUCCAGGAGCAUCAGUGUGAGAAACUCCCAGAGCAGCCGUUGAGCUGCGAGAUGUGUGGAAAAACUUUCAACCAGCUGAGCAUCCUGAAGCUGCACCUUAAGCUACAUGCUAAACUGCCACAAACACGCAGGGAUGUAAAGCUUGUCUAUCACGUCGUCUUAUGUUUUGUUUUCAGUAAUUUAUCGAUACAUUGUGGAAAAACGGAGGAACUUACACCUUUUUUUUUACCUGCUUCCAACAUUAAACCCGUGAACAUGGCUUCGUGCGUUCCCUUCCAGACACAGUUAUCCUCCAUAAUGGAGGUCCUGGUGAAGGCAGCAGUGGCACAAAUCUCCAAGCUGGUGGAUGACAAAUGUGCCUUCUUGCAUCUGGAAAUAUCCCGCAAACAAAGCGAGAAUGAGAUGCUGAAGAGGAAGCUGCUGCUGAUGGAGAGCAAGAAUGCGCAGCUGCAGCGGGGAUUCGAAAACUACAUGGAUCGAGGAACUGAUUUAGGAAGAAACGUUUCACAUCCCACUAGAGACUUAAAGUUUCCUCAGAUUGAAGGGUCCAGUGUUUCCUUCACAAUUAAGGAAGAAAGUCCAGAUGAGGCGCUGUGGAUCAGUGAUUCUGCUGCAGCCAUUGGCAGUGCUGUCCCGUAUCCUCCUCAGGAGAGCCAGCAGGUCAUCCAUCCAGAUGUUACCAGACUCAAGCCUGCAGAGUUCAGCGGCCCGUUCAGCUCCGGCCAGCCGCCAGUCCACAUCAGCAGCCUCCAGUUCACAGUGAAGACAGAGAAGGAGGAGGACCAGCUGUCCUUCAGACAGGACGGAUGCCAGCACCGCGUGGGGAAGCAGACUCCCACCGCUGUCGACUAUCCCAUGGACGAGCGGGAAAGUCAGCUUUGGUCAUCGAUCAUCGAAGGGAAUGAAAUCGACGCCGGGUUUCCUGAUUUCUCCAGCGUGGUGGAGGAAUAUUCCAGCUCUUUCUCUGAGCACUCGGAUGCCACGAACAUGGCGUCCAACACCAGUAAGUCGCCCGGCGUCCAGGAGCAGUGCAACGGGGUGUACGGCGGCGAGUAUCAGAAGGACGCGCAGCUGUCGCAUUUCCAGCCCGGAGUGCAAGACAAGCAGAAGGAGCAGCUGUUCCUGCAGCGGAGCAGCUCCCACGCCGCCCAGCUGGGCCCGCCGCAGGAGGAACAGCAGAGGGAGGCGGGCGCCGAGGACGGAGUGAACGCCACCCAGCCGGCUAACGCCUUCACCACCAGCUGCUUCUACACUCACACCCCCCACAAACCCGUCGCCCCUGUUUCCCGCGGCUACGCCUGCUCCCAGUGCGGCAAGUCCUUCAGCCGCCUGCACCAGUUCAAGCUGCACCUUCAGAGCCACAGGAGGAAGCGCACGUUCUGGUGCAGCGUGUGCGGAAAGAGCUUCCAGUGCUCGUCCCACCUCAGCAUCCACCACCGGACGCACACGGGGGAGAAGCCGUACGGCUGCGGACAGUGCGGGAAGCGGUUCACGCAGCAGAGCAGCCUGCGGGUGCACCAGCGCACACACAGCGGCGAGCGACCCUACAGCUGCUCGCAGUGCGGGAAGUCCUUCAUUAUGAUGCACCACCUGAAGCGACACAGGAUCAUCCACACCUACAGCUGAGGCGCCGGCGGCUGCCAGAACCAAAUGAAAGAAGCCAAUGAACCACAGCUUGUUUGUUUGUUUGUUUGUUUUACUGAGCAGAAUCCAUCUGGGCUUACGACAGAGUGUUAGGGCCAUGCUAAAAAAUUAUUUAAAAAACACAUUUAUGGGAAUAAAUUUAUAAUAUUAUGAAAAUUCAUAAAUUCAUACAAGAAUAAAGUCAAAAUAAUAGGAGAAUAAUGUCAUAGUAUUGCAAGACUAAAGGCAUAAUAUUAUGACUUUAUUAUUAUAUUAUUUUGACUUUAAUUUUGUACAACUUUAUUCUAUAAUAUGACUUGAAAUCCUGCCUUUUUUCUCAUAUUUAUUUUAUUCUUGUACAAUUUUACUCUAAUAACAUGAGUUUAUUGUCAUAAUGGUGACACCAUUAUCAUGAAGUCAGUAUGAGACUUUAUACAGAAUAAAGUUGUAUUUUUAUUCUCGUGCAACUUUAUUCUAGUAAUAUUAUGAAUUUUCUCGUAUUAUUUUGAUU